UUCUGGCGGCGUAAACAACGGACAGCCCUGCGUGAGACACAGCGACAGCAGAAGUUAUCGAAAACAAAACUCCCGUUCACCAUGUGUCAUCUGGGCGCGGAGGAAGUGAUAUAACGUACCUGGCUGAGUAACCAAAAGAGCUCUGGCUGCUAUUAUUUAUUUCAGAAAUGUGUCGCCGGAAUUGCUAAUCUAACACGUUUCCAAAAUGGACUGCGUGGUGACUGGAGGGAAUGUGAAAGUCCUCGCCAAAGCCGUCCACUCCUUGUCCAGAAUCGGCGAUGAGCUGUACGUGGAGCCCCAGGAAGACGGGUUGGCCCUGCGGUCUGUCAACUCUGCUCGUUCGGCUUAUGCUUGCUUCCUGUUUGCCCCACUCUUCUUUAGCAGGUACACAGUGCCAAGAGGAGAAAGUUUUCGAUGCAAGAUGGCAGUCAAGAGUGUGCAGUCAGUGUUUCGGUCGCUGGUGUCUUUGGAGAAAACAGUCGAGAAGUGUCAUGUACAGUUGGACGAGCAGAAGAACCGUCUCACCUUCACUCUGCACUGCAAACACGGCCUCAUGAAGACACAUAAUCUCUCCUUCCAGGACAGUGAAAGUCUGCAGGCGGUGUUUGAUAAAGACGCUUGUGCCAAUGUGUUUUGUGCCCAGCCACGGCUGUUGGUGGAAACGGUUGUUCAUUUCGCUCCUUCACUGGAAGAGGUGACUGUGUCAGUGAGUGAUGACCGCAUGUGGGUCAGGAACCAUGUGGAGGACGAAGCCGAGCGGUCCAAAGCCAUGCUGACAGAAGUGUCUUUGGCCUCCGACGAGUUUGACCAUUUUGCUGUCCGGUCUCACUGCAGCAUCACCUUCUGUCUGAAGGAACUCAGAGGUUUGCUGUUGUUUGCAGAGGCCACAUGCCUCCCUAUUUCUAUUUACUUUGAUGAGCCAGGAAGUCCUGUGGUGCUCUCAGUCACGGACAGUGUCCUGGAAGCUAACUUUGUGCUGGCCACUCUGUCUGAGGACGCCAGUCUAAAAAAAAAUAACACAAAGAGAGCAUGUUCACCCGAGCCGCCACCUGCUGACGAUUUUAUGAACGAUGACAUGGACUCGUACCUCAUUGCGAUGGACACUAGCAUCGCGCCGGGUCCCUCCGUAUCAGCUCCACCGCUACCCCGGUUUGCUAAUUCUACUUCAAAACAACCCAUCGCUCUCAAUCACAGGACAAGAUUGCUCAGUGAGGAAGAAGAUGAGGAAGAGGAGGAGGCCGUUGAGGGACCACCUAAUAAAAAGUUUUGCUCACUGCUUUUCGGGUCAGUCCUCCCUCCAUCCUCUCAAGGGUCCACGCAGCCUUUGGCAACUCAAGAAGUUCUGGCCAGUGACAGUGAGGACGAGGCGUAAGAUGAAGUAAGGACUUUCGGAGGGACUGGAGACAACAGUAGUGAGCAUUGAACUCCACGCAGCACCCUUUGUUUUGGCGUAGGCAACACAAAAUCAUGAUGUGACAGGACGUUUUUGUCAGGAGGCGUUUUUAUUGGACAGUUAAAGUGACAUCAUUUGAAAAGUGGAUACCUGGCCUUGCCUGUUACAGUUUGUCUUCCUUUAAAUAAACCUUGUUUAUUUUUUCAAGAACACUUUGUUUCUGAAACACGGAAUUGCUGCCAGAGUCAAAUGUUUUUUUUAUAUAUAUUUACAUUUUUGGUACAUCAUAGUAGACUGAACGUCAGUAUUUCGUCUGAAUUUACAGUUAUACAGAUGUGUGGGAGUCAAAGGCAUGAUUACAUUAUGACCACCUGACUUCUCAACCAAACCUUUGACUUUGACCACACGUGCAAGACCCCUCACUUGAACAUGUCAAAAGUAUAGUUCAGCGUAAGAAGCAGAAUGUUUCAGGCUUGGUGACCCACUUUUUCCCACCGGAACUCCCUCAGUGCUCUCCUUCUCUUUUUGCAGCUGAGAGCUUUUCUUUUGCUGCUUCCUUGUCUCCAUCUUCCGGGCCUGCUUUUCCUCCUUCCUCCUCCUCUCACUUUCCCGACUCCUCCUCCUCCUCUUCUCCCUCAGCUUCUCCUCUUUUUGUUGGACUGCUACGUCGCUGAAGUCCUGAAUAGUUAUUUUAGGGAUUUUCAUUUUCUGCUUCCUCUUCGUCUUAUCUCCCUUUAGUCGGUGGAAAACACUUGUGGCUUGCGGGCGACUUGAUGCUCUUGCCGCUUCAAGGUGUUGCUCUGAGGACGUGUCUGUAGGUGUUUGCGCCAUAUUUGAAUGCGAACCUGUGAUCUGAACUCCCUCUGACUGUCUGAGGGUGGGUUGUUUUCCUUGAGGGUUGACAAAGAGUUUGUCAUUGAGCCGCCGAGCUUCUCUGGACGCUGCACUGGUGAAGGACCUUCGGACACAAAUGUCUCCUGUUGAGAAACUGCUGGUCCUCCUCUUGGAGUUUCUGGUAUUGCUGCUGCCGUUCUGCUGGGUAGUUUGUGCGUCGCUUCUGUGAUGAUCUGGUUCUGCUGGAACCUCUUCUUGCUUCAGCGCCACAUGACUUUCUAGUGGCUCAGGUGAUUCACUUUGGUCGGCGUUUUCUUCAUUCACUUCUUGGUGCUCUGUUGUUAUUUCCUCCUCACAUUCUUUCCUGUCACGUUCUGGGUCCUUCAUUUCAUGACUUGUCUCUGCUGUGAUGUCAUGCUCUUCAGCUCCCUCAGGAAGUGAAACAGUUGCUGGUUUGUCUUGAGCUGUGGCCUUUUCACCUGCUUUAUCUUGCGUCUCUGCCGAUAAGUCAGUUUGGUUGUGUGACUUCUCAGUGUUUUGGGCUGGUGAGUCACUCAUGUGGUGUUGGGAGUCAGGAGCAGCAGUCUCUGAUGGGCUGUGCUCUAUCUCUGAAGUCAAAGGUGUCUCCGUUUUAUCCUCAUUCCUCUGCUGAGUCUCUUCACUCCCCCUGGGGUCUGAUGUUUCUGCUUUCACCUCCAGCUGAGCUCUCAUCUGUUCUUCUGACUCGUCUGUGGUUGGUUCACUUCCGGCUUCCUCUUUCUCAGAGCCCUGUUUUGUGUUUACAUCACCAGCCGUUGGGUUUAAACAUGUCCCUUCAGACGGAUUUUGUGCGACCAUUAAUUUGGGUUCUACUUCCUUUGAUUUUACUCUCUGGUGUUUGUACGCUGCUGUUAGUUUCACUGGCUUUUCCCUCUGCGUCUGAUGUUCAUCCAUGACUACAUCCUCCUCCAGAAUGCUCUUCACAUUUUUAAAUUUCAUGUUCCUCCAGCUAGUCCAUUCAUCUUUCGCCCCCAUGGAGAAAUGCCUUAUGAUCUUCCCCCGGCUUUUACUCUCUUUGCUGUCCACCUUUCCUCCCCUCCACCUCUCCAGGAUGGAGGGAGACAGUGAGAGGGUGGAGGCAGAGCGUAUGAGCGUCACAGAGAGGUUUCCUGUCUCUCUUUUCACCCGGUCCUGUUCUUCCUUAUGGUUAAUGGUCUGGGCCCACACCAUACGGUAUCCAUGGCAACGACCCCUGGGGUCAAAAGUGGAAGAAGGUUUGUCCUUUUGCCACUUUUCCAACUCUUUCGCUGUCUGUUUUUCCAAGUCGCUGGUCGAUAGCGGAAUAGAGCAUACCUGAGAUGGAAGAGAGUAUUUUUUUAAUUCUUCUUGAAUGUCUUUAAGAGAUUAAACUUGAUGAAUUCAUAACGGAAAAAAAAAUAAAUCGACCCAAAUAACACAGAUGAAUCACAUUUGAACUCACUUUCACAGGGAACAUGUUUAUGAGGACCGAUUCAACUUAGAUUUGACCAUGCUGGCAUCAAAUAUAUCAAAUAUUAAGAUGCAAUUGAUCAUAAUUUUAAUUAUCCUGCAAUUCAUUCGAUUGAUUGUCUUAAUUGAGCCAACCCCAACAUUAAUGUGUGUUAUAUUGCUGCUAAGUGUGAGCAGCGCUGUUGCUGAGAUGCCCAUUUCAGUGGUCAUGAUCUACCUGUAGCCCACCACGAUACUCGAUGUUCUCAUAAAUGGCAUCACCUACUGUGGGUGGUGCUAGAAAUGAAUGAAUGAAACAGUGUCCUAAUUUUCAGAGGCCACUAGAGGUCACUGUCAGCAGUAUAGUCUGUGACUUUGAACAACUAUUUCAGUGAAACCUUGCUUUUUAAACCAAGAGCGCCUCCUACAUUGCUAGUCACUGCUGCUCAGUGUGUACGUCAUAUUGAAACGGUUCUUACUUCUGCUAUGAAAGUGUCCUCCUCCACCUUCACCUCCUCCUUGACCGCCCUCAGCCUCUCCAGAGUCUCCAUCUGACCCUGACACUGCUUCCUCUGCUCUGCUUGGCCCAGAACAUGCCGUACAAGAACCACGGCGACCUGGAGUAGAACCCGCACCCCUGCGUGUAUCACCAAAACAAGAUGGAAAACUGUCAAUCAAAAAAAAGUAUUCCUGGAUACCAAUAUGAGUUUGCUCUACUCUACAAGCUUCCUGUUUCCUGGCUUUGCCUUCAAAAUGCAUGCAUCUUAUUGGCAGAAUUACCGUAGCAGAAGAACAAGUCCCAGACUCUGAGGAGAGUGUUGAAGGGCAGGUGACGCGUGAACAAACACAUCAGCCAGUCUGUGGCGAACAUGAGGGGCUCGACUCCAUAACGCUGCAUGUGCUUGUGAGCCGGGGGGCACGUUCUCUUUAUGAGCCAGGUGAGGAGGGCGGCAUCGAACAGGACUCCCUCCUGCAUGACACAGGUCCAUUCACAUGGGUCACAGUGGCCAAACAUUGACAAGAACUGAAUUUUAGAUGCUCGAUAUCUUUGAUUAUAAAGAUUAAAAAUGAAAAGUAUUAAAAUAAAUAUGAAGAGUAAUAGAGAGAUUGAGGGAGGUGAAGAGGAGAGUGCAGGCAGAGUGGCUGUUGGAUGAAGAUCAAAGGUGAAGGGAAAACAGAGGACAGCCAAUGAAGUUCAAGGAUGUACAAUGGAGUGGGCCGGCAGGAAUAUGGAGGAUGAGCAAAAUUCGUUCUUGUGGAGGAGCAAGGUGCUCUACGCGGAAAGGUCCCUGGUCCAGAGCUGGAUUUGAACCUGUGUUCUUGAUGUGAGGCUGCAGGACCUGCCACUCUGACACUGACUGAAUGUAUUGAUUUGAGUUCCCUCACCAGCAGCGGGCUGUAGUACCCAGGCAGGUACUGCUCGCUGAUCUGCACCAGACACCAGAAGGCCUCCUGCAAUGACCACAUCCAACCAAGGGGGCAUCAUCUUCUGAACCUUCUCCACCAAUUAUGCAGACAAGCUGUGACUGAUGUGUCCGUACCUCUUCUGGCAUGUUCAUGAGCAGGACAGCAGCUACUGGUCCUUGAGCUUGGCAGUAGCCUUCAUCUGGUUGAAACUGAGUGUAGGCCUUUAACACCCGGAACAAUCCAUGCUGUCUGCAAACACAAAACCAAAAUUAGGAACUUUGCCUGCAGUGACAGUGAGACCCCAACUUCCGUCAGUCGGUGCGUGUGUGUUGCCUACCCGUGCCCAUCUUUGGACAGAAACAUCUCGUGGAAAGGAAACUGUCGAUCCAGGUCUCUCUCAAUAACAUCCACCCAGUGUUGGCAAGCAGCCGCCGAGUCCAGAGUCUAACAGUAAGAAUCAUGAGGUACACUCUCAUUUAAGACUCUGACUUCGACCAUAUUCAUGCUAACUCAUUGACCUCUGAUGACCUCACGUUUUUAAAUAAUAAAUAUGCAUGAAGAUAAUAUGUUACGCUACCAGUAGUGCUAAUGUCUACAGUGCAAAAACAGCAGCACAGAUAUAGAGUAUUUGGUAAAAAAAAUAAUGGCACUGAAAUGUCUUGGUUGUUUUAAACCUGAUAGAUGUGUCUGCUGUGCUUCAUCCGUUCCGUUGCUCCACACAGCAGGGGCCAGCACUUGGCUCGGAGCGACGAGGGGAUGCCUUUCUGGCAGUGGACCUUAACCUUAUGCAAGAAAAGAGUCGGUUCCAGUGGGAUUCUGCGUGAGCAUGUUCGGACAGUAUUCUCAAAUUCACCUUAUGAGGCUUCUUCAUCAAGAUGGUCUCCCACUGGUUGAUGAUGUUGAUCCACUUCCCUUCCCUCUGUCUCACCAGAUGAGGAUGUGGACCCGAACUCCUGACGUCAAAACACAGGAGCCUCAAAUUUUAACUGACUAUCUGUCGUCGGCUUGAUAUUCCGGGGCCAGAGUAGGAACUUGGUGUGUUUCUGUCGCCUCUAACUGUUGCGUCAUCCUACCACCAGCUGUGCCACCUUUCUGAAGAAUUUUCAGUUUCAGAUGGUUAGAGCUACGGUGGUCUUGAUCAGGGGGGUAUGAGCUUUUGCAAGGGCGCCGCAAAAAUAUACGGCGACUCUGCUUCUCUCAUUGAAAACAGCAUGGCAAACCCACAUCCGGUCCCGGUUUGCACAAGGACUUUGAAUCACCCACGGAUGAUUAAAUAGUCGCACGGCCCAUAUUAAUAAUUUCCACUUUUGCAGUACAAAGUCUUGACAUUAUUCAACACCGAGAAUCUGAAGAAGAGACAGGAAACAGGAAAACCACAUCUCCACGGCAACGAGCCAGGUUGUCGAAGCGACCCUGGUUAUGGUGGAAACCACAGUGCACACGUAGCUGUUGGCUCUAAACACGAACAAAUAAAAUUACAGUAAUCUGGUACAAAGCAUAAGCAAGCCUCACUCAAAAAUUCACUUAAGGUCACUGUAGUUAUUUUUUGUUUUGUUUUGCUAUUUGAAAAAUCAAGCUAUCCUCCCAAAAAUCACAUUUUCAGCUAUGAAACAACUUACUCAGCCGAAGCUCCGUUGGUCAGGAGGAAACCAAAACGGUCUGUCGUCGGUUCUGCACUGAGCUCUGCUUCAGAUCCAGAACUACCUUCAUCACUUGAAUUCUUUUUGGCACCGGAUGCACUCGGCAUCUAAAAGCAGGGCAGUAAAUGACAGUUAUUCUUCAGCAAAGUCAUUAAGUGACCAUAAUUAAUCACUUCCUCCUUCCACAAAGUCACUUCACCAUUCUUCAAUAAAAGUUGGAAUUGCUCAUAAAAACUUAGUUCAAUGUCAAUCUGUAUAGCAAGCAUCGUUUAAGUCCGAAGACUUCUAAAUGCACCAUAUCAACACAAAUACCAGAAUGUUAAAAAAAAAAAAAAUCUUCAUUACCAUUUUGCCCCCCUUUUCAUAAAUGUCAGUGGUGAUAAAACGCCUGCCGACGAGACGAGGAAGACAAACUUCCUUUGUCUCAUGAGGCUUUCACGGCUCCCUAAAACUGACGGAAUCCGCUAUGAAACGUAAAUAACAUAUCAUCGGUGAAGUAAAACUGGUGU